AUGUCAAGGUCUGACGAUGGCGAACGUGCGCCCCUGUUGUCCCGCCAACGCGAGUCAAGCAACGGUAACUCACCCUCUCGGCAUCGUCUUGACGAUGACGACCUCGACUUUGAUGCCAGAUUUCGCAAGUGGAAGACUGCAGUCGCUCGUAAGUUUCGCGGCAAACCGCAUCGCGACACCAAGCCAACCCUUCUCAUCACUCACUUUGAUGGUCCAGGUCAAGCUCAAUCCGUGCUUGACGCCAAGCGCACCUCUGCCCGUCGCAACGUUCUACACGAAGCAACAGCAAUGUCUUCGCACGAGUUCCAGAGCCAAGUAGAACAGGUCAAGCAUGCCAUUCGUCAGGGCGUUUAUCCAAAGAUGAUCACUACUGGCUCCAGUGGCUCCUACUUUGCUCGCAUCAUCAGCGACACAGCCUCGCAGCACUGCUCACAGUCGUCAUCCACGCAAGCCGCCUCGCUCACCACCGUCGCUGUCUUCAAACCCAAAGACGAAGAGCCCUACGGCAAUCUCAAUCCCAAACGCCAGUUUGCACGCAAGUAUCUGUGGUGGGCCAUGGGCAGACCCUGUCUGAUCCCCAACUUUUCCUAUCUAUCCGAAGUCGGCGCCUCGUACCUUGACGCUCGCCUCGCGCUUCAGAUGGUGCCUAGAACCGAGCUUGUCGAACUCUCGUCACCCUCUUUUCACUACGCAUACAGCGACCGCCUUGCUUUUGACAAGGACCACGUUCCUCUCCCCAUCAAGAUCGGAAGCUAUCAGACUUUUCUCAAAGGCUACGUCAACGCAUCAGACUUUCUCAGGAGGCAUCCAUGGCCAUCGCGCACCCGCAGCAGGGCGCUGCUCAUGCGUGAUAUGGAUGACGAGAGCAGAGCUCACAAGGUCAGCCGUAAGAAGCAGCAAGCACGAUUGCGCAAUUGCGGAGUUGCCCUAAAACGCGUCUUGCUCUGUCGCCCUUCCUGGGACGAUCUACACGCCGAAGACGAGCCGGACGAGCCGGACGCCUGUCACCCCCCCUUGUCUCGCAACUCGCCCAUCAACUCUCAAGAUGCUUCCAACGUGCCAUCUGACGACUUUUACUGGACUCCGAAGCGCAUGGAGCAAUUUCGGCUUCAGCUCGAGAGGCUAGUCGUACUCGACUUCCUCAUGCGCAACACCGAUCGUGGCUUGGACAACUUUAUGAUCAAGCACGAUGUAGACAAGGACGAGAUUAGCAUUGGUGCCAUCGAUAACUCGCUCUCCUUCCCCAUCAAGCAUCCCAACGAGAUUCGUCAGUACCCAUUCGGCUGGCUCUUCCUCCCCAGCGAUCUCAUCGGCCUGCCCUUCUCCGACUCUACUCGCCAGCAUCUCCUGCCUAUCCUCAACGAUCCCGUCUGGUGGCAGCACACUGUCCAGGGGCUACGCGGCAUCUUUAAACAGGAUCCCUACUUUGACGAGAGCAAGUUCGAGAAGCAGAUGAGCGUCUUGCGAGGUCAGGGUUGGAACCUCGUACAGAGCUUGCAGGCGCCCGACGAGGGUCCGCUCGACCUCUGUGCUCGCGAAAAGAAGCUCAUCUGCCAAGAGAUACAGGAGCUAACACUCGACAAGGUCGAAAAAAUCCAAGGCCUCAAGAUCGCACUAGAUUCGGAUGGCCGCGUCCUGCCAGCUGCUGAAGCACCUGAGUCGCCAGGCCUGGCCAAACGUGCAGCUUGGAGAGCGCACACUUCACGCACCAUUCCUUCCGGGGUGAUUGAGACCGAGCGCAGACCAAUAGGAAUGCGAGCCUCCGAGUCGUACAAAAAGGCGCUCUUACAAGCGUCGGGUGCCCAACUGACGCUUGACACGGACGAAGAGCUCGAUGACCUGCUAGUCGAGCACAACCCAUCCACGUUGCAAGCAGGCGCUGCUGGCGCUGCAGGUGCUGCCGGCGCUUCAGGCGUUUCAUCUUCGCUGCCUCCCACAUCGACUCUUGACGACAAGAUGCAGACCGAUGUACCUGUGCAAGAGAGCUGGUCAGGAUCGAUCAACGCGAGGCUGGCGCCAAAUGUGCGACACCAACGCUUCGCAUCGGCGCACGACGUUGGCACUUUGGCUCGAAAACAACGCGAGCCAACAGCAGGCAGCUCGAGGCGAAACAAUGCCAAUCGUGACAGCAUCCUUGGCAGGACAGGUAUCGAGGUGCUCGAGGGACUCGAUCGUGAAAGAAAACAGGAAGCCAAACUCAAGUUUUUCCGACAUCGCAAGCGGUCGAGCACGGUAUCGAACGCUUCUACUUGGAGUGCGACCGAGGCGCAGAGAGCUCCCGCCAGUCACGAUCAGAGCUCCGAGGACGUCAGAAGCGUCGAGAAUGAAAGGAGCUAUGAUCUGGCGAGCUCGAUCAUGUCGGAUCCCGGUGCGCGCGUUGAUGGUGCUCCACGCUGGCACCGAUCCAAGUCGGCUUGCAGACCAGCAGAAGGUAUGUAUGCAUCGCUGUACGACUUGCACAGCCAAGGCGAGGUGCUGUCCGAGGAGGAAGAGGAGCAUGACGAGCAGCAUCGUUAUCGACAAAGUACGCCAAUCGGGUUCCAGAACAACAAGCCAAAGCCGAUGAUCGAAUCGCUUCUACAGCAGCUUGCUUCAACCGGUGAGCCGUCGAGCACUUCAGAUCAUCCGCGCACAGCCGCCAAGACGUACACACCGCACAUUCCGCACCCCACAUCUGUGGCGCGCACAUCACAAGCGUACAAUCGCGAUCACACGCCCGACUCCGAAUCACUCGCUUCGAAACGCACCAUCAAGGUCGUCGUCGACAAGAUCUCGUCUGACACCAAACAGGCGUGGCUCAAGUGGAUCUAA